AUGCUUUCUGCAAUGUCACUCACGGCCAUCAGCCUACUGCUGCUCCUGGUGCAGAAGGGCAGUGCAGCUGCCUCGGCAUCCGCCAAGCCGAAGCCGCAUAUCAUCCACAUACUGGCGGACGACUUUGGCUGGGCAGACGUUGGUUAUCAUCGUCAAGCAGGAGAUGACGACGUUCGAACGCCCAACCUGGAUGCACUGGCCAGGUCUGGUAUCGAGUUGGAUCGCUUCUACACGUACCAAUUCUGCUCUCCAGCACGGAGUGCAAUCCAGACUGGGCGGAAUCCUAUUCACGUGAACGUUCAAAAUGUCAAUCCUGAAUGCGUCAACUCGCGGGAUUUACUCGGGGGUUUUCAAGGCAUUCCGCUGAAUAUGACGGGAAUAGCCAGCCAUUUGAAGGCCGCCGGCUACAGCACUCAUAUAGUUGGUAAGUGGGAUGUGGGGAUGGCCACUCCGCAACACCAUCCCCGAGCUCGUGGCUAUGAUAGUUGGCUUGGAUACUGGCAUCACAGCAAUGACUACUGGCAACACACUGUUGAUCGGUGUGGCUUGCACAAGAUGCGAGAUCUCUGGCAAUACAACACAUCCUAUGAUGGCCCGGCCUGGGCCCUUGCGAACGGACCCUCCUGCUCACAAGACAACCAGCAUCCAUCGGGCGAGACCUGUGUUUACGAAGAAGCUCUUCUCACGGAUGCUGUCAAAAACGUGAUUCGGGAGCACAAUCUGUCAAGACCGCUUUUCCUCUUCUGGUCAAUGCAUUUGGUGCACAUGCCGCUGCAGGUCCCUCUUGCGUUUGAACAGAAGUUUGCACACGUCAAGGACAAACACCGCCGCUUGUUACAUGCAAUGGUGAACUACAUGGACGAGCAAGUUGGAGAUGUCGUCAAGCUGCUCAAGGAGAAGGAGAUGUGGAACACGAGCCUGGUAGUUUUUCACAGUGACAAUGGCGGCGAGAUUAUGGGAGCGGGAAUGUGUGGAGGCAACAACUGGCCGUUGCGUGGAGGUAAGUUCUCCAACUUCGAGGGCGGAAUCCGUGUUAACGCUUUCGUGACCGGUGGGCUUGUGCCGUCAUCCCGUCGUGGCGCUCGCGAUGAGGGCUUUGCGGUAGCAUGGGACUGGUAUGCCACUUAUGCAGCGCUUGCGGGCGUAGAUCCCUUUGAUCAUCAGGCGGCAGCAGCUGGGCUGCCGCCGCAUGACUCCUUGAACCUGUGGCCAUGGCUGUCUGGAGAAGUUGCACGUUCCCCGCGCGAGGAAGUGGUCAUUGGCGAGACCUCUGCUGCAACACCCAACGGCGAUGGCCAGACCUUUGUCGGUGGAGUCAUCCGCGGGAGAUACAAGCUGCUCAUUGGCGUGGAUGCGCGGAAAUGGAACUCCAUGGGCCUUCGGCGGCAAGUCAGUCAAAACGUAAUAACGGGGCCACGCUGGCCAAACACCAGCAGCCACUUAGUGCCUCUUCUGCAUCCACGUCACUGUGGCAGGGACCCACAACAUGGAUGCCUCUUUGACAUUUUCCAGGAUCCAGGCGAAUCUACAUCGAUUGCUACCCAAAAGCUGGACGUGUUCCGCGAGAUGGUGUCUCGAGUGGACGAGCUGCAGCAAACUGUCUACUCCCCAAACAGAGGCUCCAAGGACGUGGCUGCGUGUAGAAAGGCGCAAAAUCAGUACAAGGGUUUUCCAAGCACCCUGCGCCCGGAGCCGGAGCGGGCUCUCGCCAUGAUCUUAGGGGAGACUCCGUUCCAGCGGCACCUGCUGGCACUGAGCGCAGAGUAUGAGCGGCUGGCUCUGGAGAACACCGAACUCAAGAGGGAGAUGCAGGGGACGCAGCUAUUUCAUCGUUUACGGCAUGAAGAUCACGAUGCUCCACCCUUGCAGCCGGUGACUGCCUAUGUAGCCACUGCAUCAACCUCCCUGUCAUUGGACCUGCCUGGGACCGUGAGGAACGAGUGGAUUCCGAACGCUCUCAAGGAGGAGGGAUGCGACAAAGUGCCAAACGGCAGUCCUCGACGAAUCGGUUCGAAGAGUGGAGCAAGCAAGCUGAAGCGGCAGAACACGGGAAGUCUGAACAAAGUCCCUAUCGAUGAGGAGGAGUCCGAGGACAACUCAACUUUCUUAUUGCUUCUGGACGUCAUUCCAGCUUGUGUGAUCGUUCUCAGCGCUGCCAUUGCUGGGAUCAGCGCCGACAUUUGCCCAGAGCAUGCAGUGUGGAAGGUUUUGGAAAUCUGCUUCACGGUCUUCUUCAUGGGAGAGAUCGUGAUGAAGCUGAGAGUGUUCGGGUUCAGGGAGUACCUGCGUGGAGCAGAUUGGUAUUGGAGCUGGUUCGACAUCAUUUGUGUCGUGUUGGCCAUCGUGGACCUAAGUUUGACUUAUUCCAGCAUGGACCCGGCUGCCAGUUCUGGAUGCCAGGCCCCACAGGAGAGUUCAUCAACAGAGGGCUCGGCAGCAGGAACUUUGGGGUCGCUCAAGAUGCUGAAGCUGGCUCGCUUGGGCAGAAUUGUUCGAUUGCUGAAGUUCAAGAUUUUCCAGGAGCUGAAGUUGAUGAUCCAAGGGGUCUUUACUGGCCUUCGCGUGCUCUUCUGGGCUGUCGUGUUGUUAGUCGGCUGCAUGUACCUCCUGGGCGUCAUCUCUCGGACUCUCUUUUGGGAGUUCGAAGAGUUCACAGAUGUCCCCUCAGCAAUGUUUACGGCUUUUCGCUGCUUUACAGAUGGCUGUGCGGCAUACGAUGGUACGCCUCUGCAAGAAAAGCUGCGAAAACAGAAAGGCCCGAUUUUCAUGUUUGCGUACAUUCUUCUGUUCUUGUUCGUUACGAUUGGAAUAUUCAAUUUAAUCAUGGCUGUCUUCAUAGACAAUGUGACAGAUGGCAGCACAAAGAAAAGACAACGGCAAUUGGGCCAGAAUGCUCCAAGAACUGAGUGGGUCAUUGCGUCAGCACUCAGAGAGAUCAUCCUCACCAACUUAGUGCGCAAGCAGGUUGAGGACCAGGUGGCGGAAGAGGAGCGCAAUGGUGUUCCGGGUGGCCAGCGGCGAGUUUCGAAGCUUUUGCAGGAACGUUUGCAGGCUCUUCAGGAGAUGUACGGCUACAAGCCCCACACGACACAGGAGUAUGAGGACUUCACUUGGCAAAUCCGCCAGGAGAUGGCAGAGCGGGAUAUCGUUGUUACCAAGGAGGAGUUCAACCAUUGGCUAUCAACAGAAAAGGAGCUGAUAUCAAGGUUGGAGGAGUCGGAGAUAGACAUGUCCUGCAAAUUUGAUCUUUUCGACGUUCUCGACGCUGACCUGAGUGGUGAGUUGGAGUUUGAGGAAAUGAUCGAUGGUCUGCUCAAAUGCCGCGGUCCGGCAUCAAAAACCGACAUCAUUGCCAUCAGGCUGAAAACCUCCUUGGGCGUGAAGUUGCUGACGAAAAUAUGUGAAAAACUCGGAAUUCAUGAUGAUUGA